AUGGACGAUAGCGCUUCGAACCAUUUCAACUUCGUGGCUGGCGUCUUAGGUUUUGCCAUAACUAUCAUCUCCGCCGCCGCCUGUUGCCGCACCUACCUUCCAGGAACGCAAAUGAAGAUUCUUGAUGAACUCCUGAAAGAAACCAGAACGAUAUACGAGAAAGCGGACACCGACGGUCUUUUCCCGUCUGAAAACUUCAAAGAGGCCUCCUUGCGAAUGCUUGCUCGGAUGGAGGAAUCCAGCCUCUCCCUCCGCGAAAGAACCUACAACGCAACAACCACUGUCCAAGAAUUCAUCGCUCUAUUCAAAGGACUCUCUCAAAGAAUAAUGCACUUGUCCGUUCGCGUCAAGGAUUUGCGGGCUUGCUUAAUCUCCACAAGCGAGAAAGAACGACGGCAGAGACGAGCUGGAGAAGAUGGCCAGACGGUUCAUGCGAAUGACAGCUGUGCAAGCGACGCAUCCAUGUCUUGGUUAACAUCAAUCGAUUCUUCUAUCGACUUGGAGCCCAGCCCAAGCAGUCAACCAGCUUCCGAUAGCUUAGACAGCCAUCAUGGCCAAGCCGUCUCCUGUUCCGCUGCCUUGAGCGAGUCCAAUCAGUCAGUUGAUCACUUGAGGGAGAGUAUAGCGCAAAUUGGGGAGGGCUGCCGUCAAGGCGUUGACGCAGACGUUGUUGCCCCACGCAAUAACCCUAGUCGGUCCUCUACCCUGAAUACGCUAGUCGACAAACCUCCCCGGGGCUUGUUUUACAAAACGCUCGACCGCUUUCGCGGAUGGAUGUUCAUUCGUCCUGCUAAAGAUACCCAGGACGGAACUCCGCUCGACGAUCAAGAUGUCGCUAGGCUGCCCGUGUAG